CAGUGGGACUCUGAGUGUCUUCUCCGUGAUGAUGUCUCCAUGGACAUGAUGUGAGUGGGACAGUGUCCUCUGUGGACGGGCAAGGCGGUUUGAUCCUGCAUCAUCACAUCGCCUCUCCAAGGUCCCUUUGAGAUGAAACUUAAGAUUUCAGAUGUUACUUCAUCUAUUCGUCAGUGGGAUUGUUUGUGAGAUGCUGAUGUGCACAUUCCUCUGCACACGCUUCAUUUGUCACCGAUAGCUGCAUUUUCUAACAGGACCUUUGGCCAUGCUGCCACUGUGUCCAAAGGUGAACAGCAGCGGCAGAGGAGGAAGUGGUUGUGAGCCAGGUGACCUUUGCUGGCAGUUCACUGAUUGGCUGAAGGGAUGGAAAUAUGCUAAUGAUGUUCAUAUAACUCUUUAUGCUCUUCAGCUUUGAUUUGAUGCAGCUCUUGUAAACUUCCUAGAGAUGCACGAUAUCUUUUUUUUCAAACCAAUACCGAUAACUUUCUGCUUCUCAAGACCGACAUGAUACAGAUAACUUUUUUUCAUAUAGACUUUAAAAAUUUGGAUUUAACUGUAGUUUGUGCACACCUAGAGGUAGUAAAAACUGGAACAAAUUAGGAUUUGACCAACUGUACCUGUUGAUUUGUCCUGAUCAAAUAUCAUGACAUCAGGAGAACCAGGUUAUAUAGAGGAGGGAGCCACAUGCUGUGGCCCUGCGAGGUGCAUUGUAUUCAGACACAUGCUCCGAGCAGCCCGUGCGCAGCUACGUAGGUCAGGAGAACCGGAGUACAGACCUGGAGGAGCUACCUGGCGUGGCACGGCAAGGUGCACUGUAUUCGCUCAUUGUGUGCUCGAUGAGGGUUCCCCCCCCCCUCAUCGCGAUAAUCAUCAUGCACCCCUAAUACUUACACAUCGUCUUGAGUGCAUAAGCGCAUUCGCGCUGAGAAAUAGGCAAAACUUGGUUGAUAAAAAGACGACAGUAGGACAGUAGCCAGUUGGUCUUUUGAUGCAUGAGAAGGUUGUGGUGAAGGUCAUGUGUCUUUCGCAGAGACCGUGGCAAGGCUGCGGGUCUUUGCUCACUGAACUCUUUGUGAGUCAGGAAGGAUCAAGUGAUCGUCAAGUGUAAAAUGUGAUUUACGGCUGCAUGGUGUAACUUCUACUCCAGAAGCUCGCCGGACGACAACAAUCUCCUACACUUGAUCGGGAGUGUUUUUGACGUGAUGUCUUUGUGACUGUAGAUGAGCUGAUCCAACCUCAGUGUGUGUUUUUUUUUUUUUGGAGACCUGUGCACCAAACAUAUGUAGCAAUGUUGUUCUCGCCAUCCAUCAGCUGUGGGUCACAUGGUUUUAUUGUGACUGCCAGCAUGCACCUUGGUGUUCAUGGACAGCUUGGAAGUCCUUACAUGGAUUCUCCCAGCAUCUCCUGAUCUUCACUGCAGCCUUUCCUGUCCUGAGGGUUGUUUGAAUUCAUAAUCCUGCUUGGCAUUUUUGGAGCUCCUUGUUUCACCGUGCUGCUUAUGUAACACACGCACACACGCGCACACACACACACACACACACACACACACACACAUACAUCACAACGCUGGUCCAAGUAUAUUAUACCACUAGACAGUGUUUGAUUUGUGCUGUGUAAGUAAUACACUAUGAACAGGGGCAUCAAACUCGUUUUCACAGCGGGUCACAUCGCAGUUAUGGUUUACCUUCAGAGGGCCACCUGUAACUGUGAAACCAUAUUCAUGUACACCGUUCCCUCACUACAUCGCAGUUCACCUUCCGUAAAUUCACUGUUACACUGAUUUUUUUUUUUAAGUGCAAUUUUGAUUAUUUUUUUUUUAAACGGCAUAUUGAAUGCGCGUCUUCUGCGUCCUUGCGGUGUAUUAGAGCGAUCUAUCGGUGCUCUAUUGUAUGUGUCUGUUAUUGUAUUUACGACUACCAGUAGAGGGUGUUGUACACUCAUGUGAGAGUUGAGAAACGUGCAGCUCCACAUGUUUCAGUAUGUUUGUGCCUCUACAAGCAUAGUAGAAACAAUAGCUAAAUGUAGAGCCACAACAGUCCUUAUUGGCUAAGGGAGAACCCGCCCAUUGUGUUCUGCUUCCUGAUUGGCUGUAGAUCAUUGUCAAUCAAUCGUCUUUGUGCCAUUUCCUGAAGUGGUCAAUAGUCGCUGGCAAACUAGCUAACUAUGUGAGCUGCUUGCUAACCACCAGUAAACGACAGAAGAAGAGGAAGAAGCUAACCGGUUAAAUGAAUCUUCGGUUCAAGGAGUGGGAUGAAGAGGAGGGCGACGGCAGGAGCAAUAUGUUUUAACAAGGAUACAAAAACGCUACAGCCGAACUGCGCCAGGACGAGGCACGGUCAGAGGAGUGAAUACGUGUGAGUGACAAUACAUUUUUUACUUGAUGUGUCCAACCUAGGAGAUUGAUCAUUAAAAUUCAAACAAAAUUUGAACUUAGAGGUUUUAAACGAGAGAGAUAUGUGAGGGAAAUUUAAUGUCUGUCUGAGAAAAGUGUAUAACGUUUAUUGUUAGGGGUUUUACAGCCUUAACAUAUAUAAUAAUCGUAAACAAAUAAAGUUGGCUACUUUGCGGAUUUCACUUAUUGCGGGCUCUUUUGGGAACCUAUCCCCUGCAAUAAACGAGGGAACAAUGUAUGACACAUUUAAUUAUCAUUUUCACUUUGUAUUGGUUUACCAACAAAUUUACAUUGAAAUAAGUCAAGGUGCCAAUUGUAAAUUUGGGUAUACAAUUAUUAUCCAUCCAUCCAUCCUCUAUGCCGCUUCUCCUCAUUAGGGCCGCGGGGCAUGCUGGAGCCUAUCCCAGCUGACUUCGGACGACAGGCGGGGUACACCCUGGACUGGUUGUGAUUAUUAUUAUUAUUAUUAUAUUAGCAUUUAUUAGGAAUCAUUAGAAUGGAUGAAUUAUUAAUAAUGAUAAUUUAAAAUUUUAUCUGACAAAAAAUAUGCGCUUCUGUCAAAUUGACAUUUAGCAAGAAAGUAUUUUUUAAAUAUUUAAAUUUUGUUUUACUUACUAUAAUAUAAAUAUAUUCAAAUCAUUAAAAUCAUCAUUCAAAUCAAGUUAAACAUUCGGCAUAUUUAAACAUUUUAAACAUUAUUACAAUACAAUAAUACAUAUACUACUAAUAAAAAUAACUAUGUUAAGAGUUAAAAAUGAAAUGGCUAGCGCACAAGUUUUGAAGAAAAAAAAGUCCCAAAAACAACCACCUUUUUGUUUGUCAGAAUCGUUAACAGCACAGUAGGACAGAACCUUUCAUUUCAUUUUCGUUUCAACUGUGAGAGCCCAACUCAGACCCCACUGUGACGUCAGGGUAAAAUAAAUGUGAUUCAUUUGCUCUUUUUUUCCCAAAAUUGAUAUGCAUUUACACACAAUUCAAUGUACCUCCUUUUUACAAAACUAUUUUUAACAAACGGUUUAUUUUUAUUUUCAUUAUUUCUUAAAAGGGGGACCCUGUUUCUGUGAUUAACAACAUGCUUGAAGCCAAGAGUGAAGAAUUGAUCCUCGGGUAUACGUUGUCAUGGAAGGGAUCAGAUGCAUUAUGACAUGAUUACCUUCCUCUAUGUCAUAAACCAAAUAUGUUUUCUGAACAUCAUAAACAGGAUGUUUUAAUGGAAUGAAAAUGUAGUACUACUUGUACCACACUGUAGUAUUGUAUCACCGGGUAGUACUGCGCGUUUGGAUGAAAAAGGCAGAAUUUUUCUAGAAUGUUCGCGUUUUGGAAUUUGGCGAGGCGCGUGCGCGAGGCGAGUGACGUGCGCGUGACGGAGAGGUCGAGCUGCGCAUGCUCGCGGCCGUCCUCUGCGCGAGGCAGCUGCACGCCGAGGAGCUUCAAGAUGGACGCCAAGCAGGUGGUGGAUCUCCUCUACUGGCGCGAUGUGAAGACCACGGGGGUGGUGUUUGGUGCCGCCCUGCUGCUGCUGCUGUCGCUGACGGUAUGCAGCAUCGUGAGCGUGUGCUCCUACAUCGGCCUGGCGCUCCUCUCUGUCACCAUCUGCUUCAGGAUAUACAAAGGCAUCCUGCAGGCCAUCCAGAAGUCCGAUGAAGGACACCCCUUCAAGCAGUAUCUGGACCGGGAGGUGGCGCUGUCCGAGGACAUGGUCCACAAGUACAGCGACAUGGUUCUGGAGAAAAUCAACAAGAGCGUCGGCGAGUUGAGGCGCCUCUUUCUGGUGGAGGACCUGGUGGACUCCAUCAAGUUUGCCGUGCUGAUGUGGAUCCUGACCUAUGUCGGUGCCUUCUUCAACGGACUGACGCUGGUCAUCCUGGGUGUGAUCGCGGCCUUCAGCUGCCCCAUCGUCUACGAGAAGCACCAGGCCCAGAUCGACCACUACGUGGCGCUGGUCAACAACCAGGUCAAAGAUGCGGUUGGAAAGAUCCAGGCCAAAGUUCCGGGGAUGAAACGCAAAGCAGAGUGACGACGAGUGGGGAGGGGAGGGGAGGGGAGGGGAGGGGAGGCGAGGGAUCAUUGGCUGGAGGUGGGGUGAGGGGGUGAGGGUCUGGUGUGGACGCCGCCCUUAACUUAAUUUGUCAAAUAAUAAAAACGUUUCUUCCAUUUCAGAAUUUUUGUGUUUUCUGGAAAGCAGAAGCGGUCGGCGUGAUGUGUUAAGCCACACCCACCCCUCACCCUGCUGCACUUUGGGAGGUCACAUGCUCAUUCUCAUUAUUCCUUCUGACCGCCGCCCACAUUUUUUUUUUAAAGGUUCUUGAUGAUGAUGGACAGUUGCCAAGCCGCCUGUCACUUUUUUAAAAAUUUGUUAGAUGAGACGCCGUCUUCCUCGUUGGGACGUUUGCUUUUGCUGAGCGAUGUCUGUGGCUGGUGGGCGGGGCAGGGGGAGGGGCUUGUGGCGGUUGUAAGCAUUAGCGCUUCUGAGUAACUCGCUAGAAUCAUCUAGAAAACGUUUGGCAGACAAUUACACGUCGUUGUUUUGGUGUCAUGGCCGCUGUGUAGUGAUGGGAAAACCACGUUUACAUUCAUACACAUAUAUGACAAGAAAAAAAUGAAAUAGGAUUUCAAGAAAAAGAGAAAAAAAAAGCAACCAUAUUGUCUGUGGAGUUUCUCAACUUCCAGCAUUUGUUUGUUCUGAUGCAAGUUGAAUCGUGUGCUCGACUUCAUACUUCAAUUGUGACAAUUAAAGCUCCGUGUUUGUGGAAUGCAUUGUGACAUGUAAACACUUCAACCAAUAAAGCUUCUAGAACAACUA